UGCUGCAGCUGCAGCCGCAGCCGACAGGCGCCGAUGGGGUUCCAGAUCUGGGCCGGCGGCGAGUCCGGCGACGGGUCCGUCUCCUGGUGGGGCGCUGUCGUCGGUGCAGCGGCCGCGUUGCUCGUCGUGCCGCUGGUUGCCCGCCUCGUUCGCUUCUUGAAGGACUACGCUUGGCGAUGGAAGGAGAUGAAAAUCGUCCCGGGGAUCAGCCCUUGCUACCCGCUGGUGGGCAACGUCCUACUUUUUGAGAGCGACGGGGAAGGCUUCUUUCAGCAACUGAUGCAUUACUCUGAGGAAUUCCGGAAUAUGCCACUGGUAAAGCUUUGGAUAGGACCCCUUCCUUUUCUGAUCUUAUAUCAUGCAGAAACCGUAGAGGUCAUUUUGAGUAGCUCAAAGAGUAUAGACAAACCCUAUCUAUACAAGUUCCUUCAUCCCUGGCUUGGCACAGGACUUCUAACAAGCACUGGAAACAAAUGGCGGUCCAGAAGGAAAAUAUUAACUCCAACCUUUCACUUCACCAUCUUGGCUGAUUUUCUUGAGGUGAUGAACAAGCAAGCUAAUAUCCUUGUUCAGAAACUUGACGAGCACGUGGACAAAGAGCCAUUUGAUUGCUUUCCGUAUAUCGCACUCUGUGCGCUUGAUAUAAUCUGUGAGACAGCAAUGGGCAAGAGCAUAGGGGCGCAAAACAAUAAGGAUUCAGAGUAUGUCCGGACUGUCUGUAGGAUGGGCGACUUGAUUCAUCACAGACAGAAGACCCCAUGGCUUUGGCCUGAGUUCCUUUACCUUUUCUUCUCAGAAGGAAGAGAACAUUCCAGGAAUCUGAAGAUACUUCACAACUUCACGGAUCGCGUGAUUGCAGAAAAGGUUCAAGAGCUCGAAAAAGAAGAGCAGCAUAAGAACAAAUCUGUUGGCAGUGGUGAGCAAGAGUGGGGCAAAAAAAGAAGAGCUUUUCUGGAUGUGCUGCUGAAUGCCACUGAUGAAGAUGGGAAGAAGUUAAGCUACAUGGACAUUCGAGAGGAAGUAGAUACGUUCAUGUUUGAGGGUCAUGAUACUACUGCUGCUGCCCUGACCUGGGCAAUUUAUUUGCUUGCAUGUCAUCCAGAAAUCCAAAGAAAAGUUCACAGUGAAUUGGAUGAAGUUUUGGGGGACUCUGACCAUCACAUCACGCUGGAUGAUUUGAAGCAACUGCGGUAUCUGGAAUGUGUUGUUAAAGAAGCUCUUCGCCUUUUCCCUUCUGUUCCCUUAUUUUCCCGCACUCUGAGUGACGACUGCUGUAUAAGAGGAUAUAAGAUAUCUAAAGGGCUCGAUGUAGUCAUUGUGCCUUAUGCACUGCAUAGAGACCCCGAUGUCUUCCCAGAACCUGAAGAAUUUAAACCGGAGCGUUUUUUCGCUGAGAAUUCAGCUGGGCGGAGUCCAUAUGCCUACAUACCUUUCUCUGCUGGGCCCAGGAACUGCAUUGGUCAGCGAUUUGCACAGAUAGAAGAAAAGGCAGUUCUAGCUACCAUCCUGCGGCACUUUUCAGUUCAAACUAAGCAGAGGUGCACAGAACUCUGCCCUGUCGGAGAACUGAUUCUUCGUCCAAAAAGAGGCAUCUGGAUUCAGGUGAAAAGAAGAUCACCUGCUGGCUCUUAAAAUAAGAAACCACAGGAAGAGUCUAUAUCCCAGUGCACUUGGAUCAUGUCCAGUAAAGAUUCUGAAUUUUCAUAGUAGGAGUCUUCAGAUUGCUUACACAGACUGUUAAAACACAUGCACAACCAGCCAGCACCAAAGUUGUCUUAACCAAAAACGAAAAAGCAACAGAAAAGCCAAGUUCAGGGGCUGGAAUGUUCAAACUGGCUUUAGCAUCCUCAGUUUGUAUUAUUAAAUCUAAAUGGAUGGUUGAUACUUCUUAUUAUACUAUAUCUAAAUUUGGUAUGUAUUAUUAUGUUUAAACCAACAUGAUACUUAUAAGGAAUGGAGCAGAUUUUAAAUAGUGUAAUUAUGUAUAAAUAUAAUUAAAAGCUCUGAAAAUUGUGUGUGAAA